AUGGAAAAGCCUUUGCUUUUGUACAUAUUUUUAUUCUACUGGCAUUUCCUAAAUGCUUUAUUCACGGUUGAAGCUCCCCAGUCACUCUACACUGUGGAACAUGGGAACAAUGUGACCAUGGAAUGCACGUUUCCAGUGAAUGGGAAACUAAAGUUUAGAGAUUUAAGUGUCAGCUGGGAAAAGAAUGAUGAGUUAAAGCAGGUUUACGUACUUCUCAAAGGAGAGGAAGACUUUGAAAGUCAGCACAGUGACUUUAAGGGAAGAAUAAGAUUGCUGAAAGAAAAUCUGAACUUGGGACAGUCUCUCCUUCAGAUCACGGAUGUGAAACUCAGAGAUGCCGGGGUUUACCGCUGUCUUAUUGGCUACGGGGGAGCUGACUACAAGACAAUCAAUCUGAAAGUUAAGGCUCCUUAUAGAACUAUAACCCAAGGAGUGGUGAGCACAGGAGACAACAAAUGGAAGUUGACAUGUCAGUCAGAAGGAUACCCACAAGCUGAAGUGAUAUGGCAAAACAGAGAGUAUGAAGAUUUGACAGAUAAGGCAAACACAAGUUAUGAAACUGGAAGUGAUCAGCUGUAUCGUGUGACAAGCACCCUUACAAUCAAAAGUCGGACUGAUGAGAUCUUUUACUGUGUAUUCUGGAAUAAAGAGCUGCAAGAAAAUACAUCUGCCAUUUUACACAUAGCAGAUUCAGCUGAUGGAGUUCUGUGGACUGAGAGCAGACGCUUUGUUGGAACAAUUCUCAUUGUGACUGCUUUCUUUGGAUCAGUGCUUCUAUUUAUGCUCUGCGUAAGAAAAGCUAGAGCAAAUAAGGACAACAGAACACCUGUGGCUAGUUCAUCAAUAGCAAAGCUGUCAAAAGAUAAGGAUACACAUGACUGCAUAGAUGCUUCUUUUGAAGAUGAAGAGCUGAAAUAUAUGCAAAUUGAGAAGACCUAG